UGGCCGCCUCCAAAAGCGAAAAGGUCCACCCCACCCCACCCCACUCCAACCCAGCCACGCACUCUAACCCGCCCAGUAGCCCAGCGUCCUCCGCUCCCUCCUCGCCGGCGCCACCGCCGGCGCAAUCGAGAUCAGCAUAACGUACCCGUUCGAAUUCGCCAAAACUCGCUCACAGCUCAACCGGCGUCUCGGCGCGGGGGAGAAGCUCCCAUGGCCCAAAUUCGGGAAAGAGUGGUACGCCGGCUGCACCACCUCGGUCGUGGGCAACAGUGUCAAGGCCGGAGUCCGCUUCCUGGCGUUCGAUGCGUACAAGGAGAUGCUGGUCGAUGAGGACGGGCAUCUGAGCGGUCCGCGUACGGUGCUGGCUGGGUUCGGGGCUGGUGUCACGGAGAGCGCACUCGCCGUCACCCCGUUCGAGAGUAUCAAGACUCAGAUCAUCGACGACCGCAAGCGUGCGCAACCGCGGAUGCGUGGCUUCCUGCACGGCUCCGCACUGAUUUUCCGCGAAAAGGGGGUCGCCGGGUUCCUCCAGGGGUUUGUGCCCACCACCGCGCGCCAGGCCGCCAACUCCGCCGUCCGUUUCGGCUCCUACACGACUCUGCGGCAGUUCGCGGCGGGGUACACUGCCCCAGGGGAGAAGCUCGGCGGCAUGACUACCUUCGGAAUCGGUGCUAUCGCGGGAUUGAUCACUGUCUACUGCACGCAGCCGUUGGAUAGUGUGAAAACCCGCAUGCAGAGCAUUGAGGCUAAGCAGAUGUAUAAGAACACGCUGCAUUGCGCGGUCAGGCUGUAUAAGGAGGAGGGCGUGAGGGUGUUUUGGAGUGGGGCUACGCCGAGGCUGGCGAGGUUAAUGGUGUCCGGCGGGUUGGUCUUUACGUUUUACGAGAAGGCUAUUGAGUUCUUUGACCGCGUGGAUCCAGGGAAGAAGUACAUCUAGGGGAUAGAUAGGACUUGGAAGAGGGGAUAUACCAUAGAAUAGACAAAAGUUUGAACGGAA